CGCGACAUGAAAACUUGCCGUUUCGAUUUUGGCACACAAAAUGCAGGAUUUAUAGAAAACUCUCCUUUCUUUUGUUAAAAAAAAGUCAUGGACAAGGAGGCUAAAGCUGCCUUGAAACAAGCCAGAGAAGCAAUCAGAAGUAAAGAGUAUAAAGAAGCAUUGCAGCAUUGCAAGACUGUCUUGAAGCAUGACAAGAACAACUACAAUGCCUUUGUCUUCAUCGGAGUGGCUGCAGAGGGGGUCGAUGAGCAUGACCAAGCUCUAAAGGCAUAUACUAAGGCAGCAGAGAUCUCCCCUGAACAGGUCUUGGCUUGGCAAGGUCUGGCUGGAUUUUACGAGAAACAAGACAAGAAAGAAUACAAAGAACACCAAGUGACAGUGUAUAAAAAACUCAUAGAAUUACAAUCAAGUGAUCAGACGAAAUGUUUUGAAAACAAACUAAAGAUGGGACAGGCAUAUGAGGCCAUGGACAGCUGUGAAGAGGCCGUUUCAAUCUAUCAAGACUUGGUUGAGUCCAAACAGGAUGAUGAUGCCAAAAAAACAGUUUGGCAAAGACUGGUUGGUCUGUUAGAAAAGCAGAAGACUCUGUCACCAGGAAAUACAGAACUGUUGGUGCAGGCAUAUGAAGUGGUGCUCAUGCCAGGAAAAGCUGAUGAAGACUUGGUGAAAACAUGGAUGAACUAUAUCAAAUGUCUAGUCAAGGGAAAGUGUGAUGCUUCAAAGCUCCUGGCACGUUGUGAGGAGAUGAUUUCUGUUUAUCCAGAAGAAUCCUACCCUGUGGAAAUAUUACUCCUGAUUAAACUGGAUAGAUACAAAGCUGAAAACCAAACAGAAGAAGAUUUCAUAGAACUGAGUAAAAAACUUGAAAAUUCCAAGCCCGAUUCAGCAGUAUUGAAGAUAGUUCAAGGCUUUCUACACUUGCAAAGGAAGGAAUACCUCCCAGCACAAGAUCUACUACAAAACGGACUUAAUGGCUUUCCACAAUCUGUCAUGGGUUGGUUGCUGCUAACAGAGACACAACUUCGCCUUCAUGAUCCAAGUGGUCUUGAGUUGAGCAUGGAAAAAGUGCAAAAGGUUUCAUCCAAGAAAGACUGCUUCUGCACUGUUGAGAAGGACAACCUGCUUCAAAGAAGUAGACUAAACUAUGCCAAUGUCUUCCUGGAUGUUGGAGAUAAGAAAUCAGUGUCUGAAGCUAUCAACCAAUGUCAAAAGCUACUUGAUGAGAAGUUUGAGAAGGAGAAUGUUUUUGUCUGCCUCGCUUAUGGCUACCUCUUGAAUGCUGACAUCAGCCAAGCAAGGGAAAUUGUCAACAAGUUGGCCAGUUCCAAGUCUGCAUCAGUUGUGGCCCUACAAGGAUGGUUACUGUUUAAUACAGACAUUUAUGAUGAAGCAAUCCAAUGUGUUCAAAAUGCCAUCGAUCUUGAUGGAAAAAAUGGGUACUAUCACUAUCAACUUGGUAGGAUAUUAUGGGCGCAGAUGAAGGCUGGCCAAGAGAUCAACAAACAAGACUGUCUUGCUGAAUUUAUCAAGGCUGCCAAACUUGAUCCAUACUACAGUGACACGUUCCUUUAUCUCGGCCACUACUACAGCACUAUUGGCAAUGAUAAACAAAGGGCGAGCAGGUGUUACCAGAAGUCUUACGACCUGAAGGGAACCAGUGAUGAAGUGGGUAUCGCCCUUGUCGAUUGUUUGAAUGCAAUUGGAGAGGAAAGUACUGCCUUGAAGGUUUUGACAUCAGUGACUAGUCAAGCAAGUGCUGGAAGCGCAAAGUGGGCUUGGCUGCGACUUGGUCUGCAUCACUUGAAGUUCAAUGACCCAACAACUGCUGUGACGUGUCUACAGUCCGCACUGAGAGCUGACCCAAAUGACUAUCAUGGUUGGGAGUGUCUUGCUGAGGCAUACCUGAGCCGAGGCAGCUUCACGGCUGCUCUGAGGACAUUCACCAAAGCCACAGAACUCUGUCCAGACUCUAUGUACAGCUUGUACCAGAUUGCUGCUAUCAAGCAGAGGCUUGGCCUACAUGCUGAGGCUGUGGUGGACUACAACAAUGUAUUGGUCAAAUUUCCGGAUUAUGUACCUGCAUUGAAAGGCCUCGGUGAAACACAGGUCAAUCUUGCUGGUUCAGCGCUUCAUUCAUAUUUCAAUAGAAAAGCUGUUGAUCUCUGUGAGGAGGCUGUUUGGAACCUGACGAGAGCUGCUACACACCGGCCGGACCUGGCAUGUCUCUGGAAGCUGAUGGCUGAUGCAUGUACAAUGGUGGCACCAGUGUCUUCCAGUACUGGAAUAAUGAAGUUACCAAAGAAACUGAAUUGUCCAAGCGCAUCACUUGAUGAAUCAGUGGUCGUCGACAAAUGUGAAGUGUUGGCGAUUGGAGCCAAAUGUUAUGGAUACGCCUUGAAAGUCUUGCCAGAGGAUGCCUCCCUCUGGCAUGACCUUGGGGUGAACUUUUACCGGCAGUCGCAGAAUGUUUCAUCAGAAAAAGAAGUCCAAGAAUUAUGUCACAAGUCGACACAGGUGUUAAAGAAGGCCAUUUGUAUGGAUCAGAACAGGCAUUUGUACUGGCUUGCACUGGGUGUGGUGUCUCUUUCAUCAGUUAUAAAUGAUGUUCCACUGGCACAGCAUUGUUUCAUCAAGUCCAUACAAGUUGAAAGUAAUAAUGUCAUGGCAUGGACCAAUCUAGGAGUCUUAUAUCUGAAACACGGUAAAAUUGAGCUUGCCCAUGAGGCAUUCAAGGUAGCCCAGUCUGUUGAUCCAGCAUACGUGCAAUGCUGGAUCGGUCAAGCGCUCAUUGCGGAGACUGUCGGUCACGAUGAUGCUAUGGACCUGUUCCGCCACACAAGUGGACUCUCUGUGCAUGUUGAGAGUGGUAUUGGCUAUGCCAGUUGGGUUUGCUCAGCCCUCCAAGGCACAUUUAAGCUCAGUGAGGACCUCUAUGCCUAUUGUAUUGAAAGGAUGGGAGCUGUACCAACUGCUUGUGAUGCAAUGGCUAAAUACUGCGAUCGAGUGUGUACGAACCCUGCAGCCUUUACUAUCUAUGGCAUGUUAUUGGAAAGACAGGGACUUCUCAGAUCUGCGCUAAAUUCAUAUGCGAGUGCUGUCAAGUUACUGGAGUCAGCGGAUGAUAUGUUGCAUUUGAACAUGGCUAGGUCAAAUUAUGGACGCAUCCUUUGUGCUCUUGGUUCAGCAGAUGAAGCCGUGAAACAGUAUCAAGCCAUCAGUCCUUUAGAGAGCUUUGAGGAUGUGUGUGGACUGGCCUUGAGCUACUACAAGGCAGGGAGCUGGGAGGACAGUUCUAAUGCUUACACCCAGGCAAUUGAGUUGGCCACAUCAGAUGAAGACAAGUCCCAUGUCUUUGCUGCCCUUGGUAUGGUAUCUUACAAACUGAGAGAUGUAGAGCGUGCAAAGACUGCUCUGUUUAGAUGCUCACAGACCAGUAAACCAUCUAUACCAGGCCUACUGGCUCUGUGCAGUAUUGGCCUGCUGCAGUCCGAUUCUACCCUGGUGGCUGCUGUCCUUCAAGAACUUGAAAAGUUGACUCAAAUUCCUUCAGAUCAUCUUGUUGAUGUGACAUACCUUACUGCCACACUUUAUGUCCUCAUGGGUGACCCUGCCACUGCAAAAAAUACCAUCAUGAAACAGAUACACCGAUACCCAAAUCAGCCAGAGCUUUGGAUUUUACUCUCACAACACUUAUCUAGUCGCAGCCCCCAAGACAGCCUUGGGGCAGCUAUUUGUGCGCAAGUUGCAUAUUGUAAAGACAACACACUUAAGGACGUAUCUGCUACCAUUACCAAGGGGAGCCUGACAGCUGGCUUAUUCUCACAGACGGAUACAGAUCAGAAUGCCUUCUAUACUGCACAGAAAGCACUUCAUCGGAAUCCACAUCGCCUGGACUACCGGUGCGACAUGCUAGCAGCCCUCUUUGGUGAGACUAUGGUUCAACAAAGCCGUGGUACUGCUAACAAGUCUAUGAUGAAUCUACUGAUAGCCUACAGUAAAGGACUGUUACAAAUAGCGGAAAAUGAGAUGGGAAGCAACCCAAGUCCCGAGUCGACUGCCGUCCAUCUUUGGUGUGUUAAACAUUACAUCCUUGCUCUGAUGUGUGCCGGCAAAUUGGAUCAAGCAAAAGCUAUGACAGAAGCUGCUCUUUCUCUGUACCAGGAUGCUGAUCUACCAACAUUGCUUGCAGUUUCUAAAAACUUCAUGUUGGAUAUCUCAAAUAUUUCUGACCAGGGAUCAUAUUCGGUGAAGCUGGCUGUGGAAUAUUAUCUCUCCAGGGGCCUCCUGGAUGAAGUGGAAGCAUUACUCAAGCAGGCCAUUCAGUCCAGUCCCCACAAGAAAGAUAAACUUGGUGCACUUCUUCAGUUUCAACAUUUGUCAUAUCGGCAGAUAUUAGGACGAGGUCCUCCAAAAUGGUCGUCCGUCUUCAUGGAUGCAGCCGCAGAGGUGCUACGUAUCGAUCCAAACUCAUCUGUCUCACAUCUGAUGCGCGGACUGGUCCGAUUCAAACAAACAGGCAUGAGGGUUGCGAAGAGGCAUUUCGUUGAUGUUGCGAAAGGAGACCAUGGCAGUCUUGGCCAAGCAGGAAGGAUUGCUGAGGAAAUUCUUGCAGAACAUGCUCCAAGCAAGAGCAAUGAGAAUAAUUAAGCCAACUUAUCGUUGGAUUUUUCUUUGUACUUUAUGCCUUGGACUUUGUUUAGAACAAGUAAAGGAAUAUCAAACGUUUGUGUGUAUGUACUUAAUGGAUGGCCCUAUGUGGACAGACUAGGGGCUAGGAGACUGUGAACAUGCAGUUGAAUUCAAGAACGGUGCUGAUCAGGACUCAUUCUAAACCUCAACUGGAACAAUCUCCAUGUAUUCUGCUUACUUACUGCAUUCAAUUCGCUCAAUAAAAUCACAUAUUGUCAAGAA